AUGCGCAGUCUUGGUGAAAAGAUGAGUGAUGUUGUUGUCAUUAAAAAGAUUGUACGCUCCAUGUCCUCCAAAUUUGAUUAUGUAGUUUGCUCCAUUAAAGAGUCUCAUGAUCUUGAUUCUAUGAGUAUUGACGAAUUACAAAGCAGUCUUCAAAUCUAUGAACAACGUAUGCAUGGACAUGCGAUCGAAGAGCAAGCACUGAAGAUUGCUCAUGUGGAUAAUUCUGGUGGUUCUAGAUAUGGUCAAAGCACCCCACAUGGAAGAGGAAGAGGUCGCUACCGACGAGGUAUGAACAAAGCUCUUGUUGAAUGUUAUUACUGUCAUGAUCUUGGCCAUUUUUUGUUUGAGUGCCCUAAGAAAAAUAAGGAACCUAAGGAUGAGAAGGAGACAAAGGCUCAUUUUGCAGAAACAAGUGAAGAAAUGCUCCUUAUGGCCUAUACUGAUGCUGACACAACAAUUGGUGAGACUUCAUGGUUCCUAGAUUCUGGAUGUAGCAAUCACAUGUGUGGACGAAAGGAGUUAUUCUCACACUUGGAUGAAACAUUUCGCAAGUCGGUCAAGCUGGGCAACAAUUACAGUCUUUGUGUGAUGUGCAAAGGACAAAUCCAUAUAACUAUCAAUAAUGUUACUCAAAUUCUUACAGAAGAGUUCUAUGUGCCUGAUCUAUGCAACAAUCUUUUGAGUAUCGGUCAAUUGCAGGAAAAAUGCCUUGUAAUCUUAGUUCAACACAACAAGUGCAAAAUCUACCAUCCAGAUAGAGGGCUUAUUAUCGAAACUACUAUGUCUCUCAACCGGAUGUUCAUUCUCUUAGCUACCAUCAAAUGUCCAGUACAGAAUUGUUUCCAAAUUCUUUCUCAAAAUCCAGAUCAUCUUUGGCAUUGUCGUUAUGGCCUUUUGAGUCUUGAUGGACUCAAAACUCUUCACACCAAACAGAUGGUUCAUUUAUUACCCCAACUGAAGAACUCCAGCUAA